UUCUUCGCCUCCUUCAUCUUCACGGCACAUUUCCACAGUAAUAAAGAGCUUUACCUUUGUCUCUCUCUUACGUUUACUCAUAGACUCACUCAUCAUCAAGCCCCUUCUUCUCUCGACGUGUAGAAGGAUUCAAAAACACCUUUUGAAGACGAUUCUCUCUGCGCCACUCUCAAAUCUGUUGUAUAGAAUCUAAAAGCAUUUUCACAAAUGAGUCUGUGAGCCAUUCCUAGCAACUUCCUUAUGGCAGAGAGGAAACUGAACUUGGAAGCACCUCUUCUUUCAACAAGGCGGAUGCAGAAGACAUCAGCAGUCUCUGUCCGUAGAAAUAAGACAUUUGACUUCACUCAUGACUCCAAGACAAAUGAUGUUUCUUCCUCCUCUGUUCUUGUCCCAGAGAUGGGUUUAGAUCACUUCACCGACUCUGCUUCUGUUCCUUUCACAUGGGAGCAAGCUCCUGGAAGAUUAAAAGGAAAUGAUUCCACACCACAGCAAGUCUUCACACCAUGUCUUCCUCCAGGAAAAGCCGUUACUAGAAACCUGAGUUCAAAGGGUAAACAAGUUGAUGAAGAGGAAGAGUCAGAGGAUGUGUUUUCUGAUGCUCGUGAUACACUCUCUCCAAAGGACUCAUUCUCUGUAAAACAUAGCAUUAGCGGUGUGAGUGGAUAUGGUGUUGUUGCUGAAAAGAAGAAAACACUAAAAACUACUGAGGAUCCUCAAUCUCGGGACUUCAUGUUGAACCGUUUUUUACCAGCUGCUAAAGCUAUGACUGUGGAGCAGUCUCAUUAUGCUUUGAAUCGUAAACCGUCUAGUUUUAUGGCUGAACCAACGUUACAGGUAAGAGACUUGGUGCCAGUGGAGAAGCGGCAAAAUUCUAAUAGGUAUGAUGAGUCUAUAGUCUUGCCUUUUUAUGACCACCAACACAUAGAUGAUGAAGAAAGCAAUGAGGAGGAGGAGGAUGAUGCAGAUGGUGAAGUUUCUGAGUAUGCUUAUCUUCCAAGGAGAGGUUGUGGGAUGUUGCCACAGUUGUGCUUUAAAGAAUCUCUAGGUAUGCUGAACACAGUGCCUGGUUUUAAAACCAAACACAAGCCAUCCCUAAGCCAGGAUCAAGUCAAGUCAAGCAAGGUUUCUCAACUCAAAUCUCGGUUCCAAUCUGUCAAACAGCUGGCUAUUGAUUCCGUUUCGAAGCAAAAGUUGAGUGGUAAAGUUCAAUCUCCAGUUCAUCCAAGCAUGGGAAAGAAGUUCAACUCUGAAACAAACCUAACUUGUUCUGCAAGUAGGUCUUCAUCUCCUUACAGAUACACUAGAUGCAUGUCACCAUUUCGCACUGCAAGCUACCCUUCUCCGUUUCACCCCACGUGUUUGCCUGACACUCGUAAGGAAACUGAGAGCCUGAGAGCUAACAGGUUGAACAAGCAUAUUAGAAACAUAAGUAGCUCUCAGGAAUUACUCUACGCAAAAGACAACGGCUCCACUAGCUCUCUCGUGGAGAAGACAGUAUGUGUGGACACCGAGGAAGCAGAGAAGAAACAAGACACCAAUCUUGAGCUUGAUGAGUUGGAAAAUAUUAGUAUUAGAAGUGGGAAUGAUCGGUCUCCUCUUGCACCACCUUCGCCCAAAAAGCCUUCUGAAUCUUGGCUUUUGCAUAACCUGCCUUCAGUAACAUCUCAAAAGCAGGGUCUUCAUGGAAACUCCAGGAAUGUUAGCAAGUGGGAAACUAUUGUUAAGACUUCAUACAUGCACAGAGAUCAUAUCCGAUUUUCCGAAGAACUGGUUGCUCAUACACCUCUUCAAUGACUAAGCUUGAAGCUUUGACCUUCUGAGAAUACAUGCGUUUCAGCUUGAUUAGCAAUUUUGGGACAGUCAUUUUCUUUCACUGGUGUAAAGAAAGUCCGUGAUUGUAACUAUCCAUAAAUGCUCUCCACUGGAAACUUAAAUAUUUGUUAGUUUACCUAAUAAGAAUCACUCAUCUUUUGCUUA